UGAUUGAUCAUGACACAUGAGUGUCGCCCUACACCUACACCUAUUUUUCAAGCUCAAUCGCGCAUGCAUACCAACCAGUAUUUAGUGUACACCUCCCACAACCGUUUACUUAAAUAUCAACCACAUUCCUACGACUCAGCAACCGCCCGUUUUCCUCCCAAAUAAUACCCUCCAAAUGGAGACCAUCAGCAACGGCAACGGCGGCGUACGCAACCGACAUGUUGCGGUUUUCGCAUUCCCUUUUGCCUCACACCCUCAACUCCUCCUCACCCUGGUCCAGAGACUAGCUGCGGCCACACCCACGGUGGUUUUCUCCUUCUUCAGCACUGAAAGAACUAACCGCGGUUUGUUUUCUGAGCGCGGUUGUGAUAACAUAUUGCGGUAUGAUGUAUCGGACGGGCUACCGGAGGGAUACGUUUUGCCAGGGAAGCUUCAUGAGGAUAUUAACUAUUUUUUGGCUGUGGCCGAGAAGGAGUUCAAGAGGGGUGUUCAAGUGGCCGAGAAGGAUGUUGGGAUGAAAAUUAAUUGUCUAGUGGUGGAUGCUUUUUUGUGGUUCUCGGCUGAUUUGGCCGAGGAGUUGAAGGUUCCUUGGGUGGCGCUCUGGACUGCCGGAGCUUGUUCUCUUUCGGCACAUAUCUAUACUGAUCUCAUUAGAGAAAAAUAUGCUGAGCUAAAAGGUUCAGCAGGGCUUAAUGAUGAAAUCGUCGACUUGAUCCCUGGAUUCACAUCGAUUCGACUAGGUGACUUACCGAGUGGAGUCAUCUUGGGAGACCUUGACUCACCUUUUGCAACCAUGCCACAUAGAAUGGGAAGAACCUUAACCAAAGCAACCGCCGUUCUCAUUAACUCUUUCCAAGAACUAGACCCGGGACUCACUAAAAACCUCUCUUCAAUGUGCAACAACUUCCUCAACAUUGGUCCAUUUAAUCUUGUAUCCUCACCAUCAAAACAAGAUGAGUUUUCUUGCAUUACAUGGUUAGAUAAUCAAAAGCCAGGAUCAGUUGCAUACAUUUCUUUUGGCACAAAAUUUUCUCCUCCGCCCCACGAGCUAGUUGCGUUGGCUGAAGCACUCGAAGCGACCAAAACCCCAUUUCUUUGGUCGAUAAACAAGGAUUCAGAGAGGCAUUUUCCGUUAGGGUUCUUAGAGACAACAACCGCAAAUGGAUUGGGAAAAAUUGUACCCUGGGCGCCACAAGUACAAGUUUUGGAACAUGUUGCAAUAGGGGUGUUUGUAACACACAGCGGAUGGAACUCAGUGUUGGAGAGUAUAGGAGCUGGUGUUCCAAUGAUAUGUAGGCCGUUCAUAGGGGACCAACCGAUAAAUACUUGGAUGGUUGAGAGAGUUUGGGGGAUUGGGGUGCGAAUCGAAGGUGGGAAUUUUACGAAACUUGGAACUUGUCAUGCUUUAGAGCAAGUUUUAUCAGCCGAUGCAUCAUCUAAAGGGCGGAAAGAAAGAAUUGGAGCACUGAAAGAUCAUGCUCAUAAGGCUGUUGGACCAAACGGGAGUUCUAUUCAAAAUUUCAACACUUUGGUGGGUGUGGUCACCGGUGCCACCCUCUAAACAGGUUUGGCUAAAUGUACCCCGCCCAAUAUACUUUUAUCGUACUCCAUCCUACAAACUUAAUAAAUCACAUCAAGGAUGUUCACACUGGUGCUACCCUCUUAUCUAUUUUUGAUGAUGAUCGGUUAAAUGAUUUGAGUGUUAACUGAAUAACUAUUUGGUAUUUAUUGUUCUUAUUAUAUGGAUCAUGAUAGAAUCGGAAUAUUAUGUUAAAUGGCAUGUAUAUCAAAUUAUCAAUUGAUAUGAUUUUGUUUGGCAUCA